GACCGGAAGUUCUCCGAAACCCGGAAAUCGGGUCCAGGAGGAGGAGGAUGGAGCGCUUCCCCGUGGGAGCCUGCCUCACUGCGCUGAUCUCCCUGCUGCUCUCUGGGCCGGGCUUGCUGCGAUGGGGCGGGGAAGAGCCGCGGGAGGAGAUGCCGCUCCGGCUGCUGCCCCAGGACCUCACCUCGGCACUCUCGCUGCGGCCCGAGGCGGUGCGGGAGUGGCAGGUUUAUAGGCUGCUGACCUACAUCUUUGCGUACGAGGAUGUGACCUCCUUGGUCUGCAGUGCUGUGAUCAUCUGGUACUUUGCCGGCAGCUUUGAGAAGAGUGUGGGCACUGCCAAACACUGUUUCCUCACCAUGGCCUUUGCCGUUUCCUCCACCCUGCUGUACCUCAUGCUCUGGGCUGUCAUGUCUGGGCUGACGGGGGUGGCGGACGCUGAAGGCUUCAUGCCGGUGGCUUUUGCCAUGCUGGGGGCCUCCAUCGCCCGCUCCCAGUUGAAGAGGACGCUUCUCUUUGGCUUUAACUUCCGUGUGGCACUUGUGCCGUGGCUGUUGCUGGGCGUGGCGUGGCUUAUUCCACACGCCUCUCUCCUGGGGAACUUCUGUGGCCUCGUAAUUGGGAACAUAUACGGUUCCGGCUACUGCUUCGGCUUGGAUCUCCCCGAGUCAAUCGUCUCCCGGCUGGAUCAGAAGUUCCCUUUCAGGCUACUGAAGAGAAUACCGGGGCUCAAGUAUGUCCCGGGCUCGCUAGCGGAAAGAAGAGCUUGCCUGGACAGGAAGCUCAAUCCGGCUUCAGGCUCUUACCCCACACAGAGAUACUCCACCUCUCCUCCUCCCAUCCCCGUCACCCAGAUGCAGCACCCCUCUGCCCACUCUGCUGGAUCAUGGCCGCAGCCACACAUGCCUGCACCAAACCACCCUGCCGGCGCCCGGGGAGAGUUGUGCAUCCAGAACCAUUUCCACACCCCGCUGGGGGGAUCCUCGUGUUCUCCUCAGCCCUUGGGAGGGCCUCACUCAGGGAUGCCCAAGAGGACAGAUGGCGUGGGGGCCAGCACCCCCCCAAUGCCUGCAUUCCCCGCCACGGGGGCCGGCUUGGGAUCAGCGGAGCUUUCCCAGGUUCAUGUCGACUGACUGUGACGGAAUUGCUGACUUGGCCUGCUGUUGACGGGAGGGUCCGUAAGAGUUGCUCCUCCGGUCUGGAGAUCUCCUUGGGAGAAAUGAAGGUCUUCUCCGGCCCUGAUCAACACGGGCCCAGCGUACCAAAGACACCACUGCCUCCUGCAUCCCUGGACAUCUUGUUAGGACCCAGGAACACUGAUCCCUUGAGCUCCCAAGUUUUCUCUGGCUGCCCCACAGGUUUGGGGCUUGAUCGCCUUGUCAGGAGAACCACAACAAAAAGAACCCCCCAGAGACUGAGACUUCACGCUGGUCAUCUGUGGGAGGCCGGAGCUGAGUGGGCUGGGCUGGGCUGGUCCGUAUUAAACAAUUACUGUGCCUUUUUA